CCGCACGCUAUCUAUGUAAGCACUAUGCCUUUCCGCCUACAUGCAAUGAACUACACACACGAUGAAACAAUCGAGUCCUUGAUCUGAUCCUGGAAGAUGUUGCACGAGCGCUCGUUCCGGACUCAGCCACAUUUCCACGUGCCCGAGCCCCGAUUACUGUCCGCAUCGCACUUAACUUCAACUCAUCCUCAUCAUCUCCGGACUGUCUGCACGGGAUCUAAUUCCUUCCCCUUUUCCGUUGUCAUUCCCACUGAACAGAGUCCAACCGCAACAUCCUCUUUGCUCCAUUUAUCAGAGUAGCGCUAGGCCUGUCUCUCAAACCAUUCAAUCCCAGCUCACAUACAACAAUGCCGGCUAUCUCCUUCGAAACCCCGCCAGCAGUGGCACAAUGGGAUCGUAGCAUCACGCACGAAGACUAUACCAAGAUGCUAAAAGGCCACACACCGCAAGCCAUGGAGGACAAGUGGACGAUCAAAACCGACGCGCCUGUAGACGCGAAAGACAGCGCUGUUGUUCACAUCUACUUCGGCUGGACACCUCGCGAGGAAAUUUCUCUGGAGAUAACCGCUGGCGAUGCCAACAAAACCGAGACUGAGGACUGGGCCACAAUCGUUAAGAUAUCGUGGAAAGGAGAGCAUCCUGGGGGAUUGAAGGUCUCUGAAAAUGAAGCUAAGAUCAGGGCUGUCAGAUUGUGCAAUAACUUGUUGGACUGCGCAUUAGAGGAAGAGGAAGAGGAGGAGGACGACGAGGACGAAGAGUGAGGUACGGAUGUUGCAUAAAUGUAUCCACGGAACAUUAAGUAUACACAUGGCUUGCAAAAGGCUGAGCGAACGGGCAGCCUUGUUUUCAGUAUCCCGUGGUUGGAUGAGUCAGUGUACAGAUUUGGACGCAGAAUUUCGCAAGUCGGCGCCAGUCAGCUUGCGAUAGAGACAAAGAGCAUAAUCAUUACAGGCC